UAUUGAGGGAACUGAAGAAAAUCCACAUGGAAGGUUAACAUCUACCAUACCUCACUUUCCCCUCGCUUGAUUGUAAAUGUCUAAUCGUUCCCUCCAACCCCUGUGGGCAAACAUAUCCAUGCAUUCUUUGAGUUCUAGCUACUGGUCAGUAGUUCUGAGUGUAGAAUUGACAUGGUGGGACACAGCCAAGGUCCCUGGGGCCUAGAGGUCCAGCGUGCCCGCCUCCCUUUCUCGCUGUGCUCCUUCCGCUCCCCCCACCCCACGCUCUUGGUUUCUGGCGCCGAGCUUGGGAGGGAGGCAGCUGGAUAGGGUCUUCAAGUUGGAGGGAAACCCCGCCCACGCCUGGACCCCGCCGCUCCCUGCCACUCCCAGCCGAGGCCGUCGGGAGCUUGCGGUUUGAGAAAUACAAUCUGGAAGAGAAAACUUGGGCCUUUUCUUCCAUUAUCCUCUGUCCCCGCCCCCCACACCUCUUACAAAUUUAGCCCAGGAGCUUCCUAUCCCCACCGACUUGAAGGGUUUAUCGGUCUUAAGAGCGAAAUCCUGGCGGAGUGCAGUCCCUCGGGGCUAGCAUCCACGUUCCGCCUUUGCCCUGCCCGAGCUGUUCCGAGGGAUCCCUGCAAGGGCAGCGCUCCAGCUUUCACCCUUGGGGUCGGGGAAAUAAGGCGUCCACAAAGGGUGCAACCAAGUCAUCGUCAGUGCAGACCCAAAGGACGCACCCGAAGUGCAGGUAGGGAAGGCGGGCGCAUGCGCGCAGUACGGGGUUAGGCUUCCCAGCCUGGGGCUCCGCUCUAGCCCCGCAGCGUCUCGGUGGCCGGCCUCGUCCUCCGCCCACCGCGCGGGGGCGCCGCUCUAGCCCCGCGCCGUCUCGGUGGCCGGCCGCCCACUCCACGGCGUUCGGGGAAAUGGCUGCGAGACCCUACAGGCCUGCGGCCUGCGGAGCUUACUCCAUGGGAACAGCCUCUAGAUAAUCUGAGUUGUUGAAAAUACGAAGCCUGUUACUCGUGAACAGUGGCUGACAACAGUGGUGUUGUGAGCCUGGCUGUCUGCUUGGACCAAGAGGUUUCGUCUGCCAGGGUUUUUUGGUUGUAUUUAGGAUUUCAGGGAAAAGUGUCCAAGCUUUCAGUGUUGGAGCAGGUAUGGAUGACAAAGGUGACCCGAGCAACGAGGAGGCACCUAAGGCCAUCAAACCCACCAGCAAAGAGUUCAGGAAAACAUGGGGUUUUCGAAGGACCACUAUCGCCAAGCGAGAGGGUGCAGGGGAUGCAGAGGCUGACCCACUGGAGCCGCCGCCCCCACAGCAGCAGCUGGGCCUGUCCCUGCGGCGCAGUGGGAGGCAGCCCAAGCGCACUGAGCGCGUGGAGCAGUUCCUGACCAUUGCGCGGCGCCGUGGCAGGAGGAGCGCGCCCGUCUCCCUGGAGGAUUCUGGUGAGCCCACGUCCUGUCCCGCCACAGAUGCCGAGACAGCCUCUGAGGGCAGCGUGGAAAGUGCUUCUGAGGCCAGAAGCGGCCCCCAGUCUGCUUCCACGCCUGUAAAGGAACGACCAGCCUCUUCUGAAAAGGUGAAAGGAGGGGAUGACCAUGAUGACACUUCCGAUAGUGACAGCGAUGGCCUGACCUUGAAAGAGCUUCAGAAUCGCCUUCGCAGGAAGCGGGAACAGGAGCCCACCGAGAGGCCCCUGAAAGGGAUCCAGAGUCGCCUGCGGAAGAAGCGCCGGGAGGAGGGUCCCGCUGAGACUGUGGGCUCCGAGGCCAGUGACACUGUGGAGGGUGUCCUGACCAGUAAGCAGGAGCCCGAGAAUGAUCAGGGGACUGCGUCCCAGGCUGGGAAAGAUGACAGAGAGAGUAAGUUGGAGGGAAAGGCGGCUCAAGACGUCAAAGAUGAGGAGCCUGGAGACUCAGGCAGACCGAAGCCUGAAUGUGAGGGUUAUGACCCCAAUGCCCUAUAUUGCAUUUGUCGCCAGCCUCACAACAACAGGUUUAUGAUUUGCUGUGACCGCUGUGAAGAGUGGUUUCAUGGCGAUUGUGUAGGCAUUUCUGAGGCUCGAGGGAGGCUUUUGGAAAGGAAUGGGGAAGACUAUAUCUGCCCAAACUGCACCAUUCUGCAAGUGCAGGAUGAGACUAAUUCAGAAACCGCAGAUCAGCAAGAAGCUAAAUUGAGACCUGGAGAAGCUGAUGGCACCGAUUGUACAAGUAUAGGAACAAUAGAGCAGAAGUCUAGCGAAGACCAAGGGAUAAAGGGUAGAAUUGAGAAAGCUGCAAAUCCAAGUGGCAAGAAGAAACUCAAGAUCUUCCAACCUGUGAUAGAGACGCCUGGUGCCUCAAAAUGUAUUGGCCCCGGGUGCUGUCAGGUGGCGCAGCCCGACUCAGUGUACUGCAGCAAUGACUGCAUCCUCAAACAUGCCGCAGCGACAAUGAAGUUUCUAAGCUCAGGUAAAGAACAGAAGCCAAAGCCUAAAGAGAAGAUGAAGAUGAAGCCAGAGAAGCCCAGUCUUCCGAAGUGUGGUGUUCAGGCAGGUAUUAAAAUCUCUUCUGUGCACAAGAGACCAGCUCCAGAAAAAAAAGAGACCACAGUGAAGAAGGCAGUGGUGGUCCCUGCACGGAGUGAAGCACUCGGGAAGGAAGCAGCUUGUGAGAGCAGCACGCCGUCGUGGGCGAGCGAUCACAAUUACAAUGCAGUAAAGCCAGAAAAGACUGCUGCUCCCUCGCCGUCACUGUUGUAUAAAUCCACGAAGGAAGACAGGAGGUCCGAGGAGAAAGCGGCAGCCACAGCAGCCUCAAAGAAAACAGCCCCUCCGGGCUCUGCGGUGGGCAAGCAGCCUGCACCUAGAAACCUCGUGCCAAAGAAAUCUUCUUUUGCUAAUGUGGCAGCAGCCACACCAGCCGUUAAAAAGCCACCCUCAGGUUUCAAGGGCACCAUCCCCAAGAGGCCUUGGCUCUCUGCUACCCCAUCGAGUGGUGCUUCAGUUGCCAGGCAGGCAGGACCGGCACCUGCAGCUGCCUCCAAGAAGUUCCCCGGCUCUGCUGCCUUGGUGGGAGCCGUAAGGAAGCCAGUGGUACCUUCUGUUCCAACGGCCUCGCCAGCCCCAGGACGCCUUGGGGCUAUGAGUGCUGCCCCAUCGCAGCCAAAUUCACAAAUUCGGCAAAAUAUCAGACGCUCCUUAAAAGAGAUUUUGUGGAAAAGAGUCAAUGACAGCGAUGACUUAAUCAUGACAGAAAACGAAGUAGGAAAAAUCGCCCUCCAUAUUGAGAAGGAGAUGUUCAACUUGUUUCAAGUUACAGAUAAUCGCUACAAGAGUAAAUACCGCAGCAUCAUGUUCAACCUGAAGGACCCUAAAAAUCAGGGACUCUUCCAUCGUGUUCUGCGUGAGGAAAUCUCUUUGGCAAAACUUGUGAGACUGAAGCCAGAAGAACUUGUAUCUAAAGAGCUUUCCACGUGGAAAGAGAGGCCGACGAGAUCUGUGAUGGAGUCCAGAACUAAACUGCACAAUGAAAGCAAGAAGACGGCCCCCAGGCCGGAGGCCAUCCCGGAUCUGGAGGACUCUCCGCCAGUGUCAGAUUCAGAGGAACAGCAAGAGUCAGCACGUGCUGUCCCUGAGAAGAACACAGCGCCGCUCCUGGACGUCUUCAGCUGCAUGUUGAAAGACACCACCAGUCAGCACCGCGCACACCUCUUCGAUCUCAACUGUAAAAUUUGCACAGGCCAGGUUCCCUCCGCAGAAGAUGAGCCAGCUCCAAAAAAACAAAAAUUGUCAGCUUCUGUUAAGAAAGAAGACGUAAAAUCGCAGCCUGACAGCUGUGCCCCUGACCCAGCUCCUGACCCAGCCGAUGAGGUCAUGCCGGAGGCUCUGCCUGAAGUUGCCUCUGAGCCAGGCCUCGAAAGUGCUUCUCAUCCAAACGCGGACAGAACGUACUUCCCUGGGCCUCUAGGAGAUGGCCAUCCCGAGCCCUCCCCGCUGGAAGACCUGUCCCCCUGCCCAGCCUCCUGUGGGAGCGGGUUGGUCACCACCGUCACAGUGUCCGGCCGGGACCCCAGGACCGCUCCAAGCAGUUCAUGCACAGCCGCGGCCUCCGCAGCAGCCCGCCCAGACAGCACCCACGUGCCGGAAGCCAGACAGGACGUGCCGAAGCCUGUCUUGACUUCUGUGAUGGUGCCCAAGUCCAUACUAGCUAAGCCGUCCUCAUCUCCUGACCCAAGAUACUUGUCAGUUCCUCCGUCACCAAAUGUCAGCACCUCUGAAUCACGGUCCCCUCCAGAGGGAGACACGACCCUCUUUUUGUCUCGACUCAGCACCAUUUGGAAAGGAUUUAUUAACAUGCAGAGUGUGGCAAAAUUUGUCACUAAGGCGUAUCCUGUCUCUGGGUGUUUCGAUUACCUCAGUGAGGAUUUGCCUGACACGAUCCACAUUGGUGGGAGGAUUGCACCGAAGACAGUUUGGGAUUAUGUUGGCAAACUCAAGUCUUCUGUGUCUAAGGAGCUGUGUCUGAUCCGCUUCCACCCCGCCACAGAGGAAGAGGAGGUGGCCUAUAUCUCUCUCUACUCCUAUUUUAGCAGCCGCGGCCGCUUUGGUGUUGUAGCCAAUAACAACAGGCACGUCAAGGACCUCUACCUGAUCCCACUGAGCGCCCAGGAGCCUGUUCCAUCCAAACUCUUGCCCUUUGAGGGACCAGGUCUUGAGUCACCACGUCCGAAUAUAAUUCUUGGAUUAGUAAUCUGCCAAAAAAUAAAACGUCCCGCAAACACUGGAGAGUUAGAUAAGAUGGACGAAAAGCGCACCCGACUUCAACAAGAAGAAGUGGACGUUCCGGCCUAUCCAAAAGUAACCACAGCCCCGCAGUCCGAAAAGAAGCCCUCCAAGUAUCAGCUGUACUCUGCAGACACGGCUGUCAGCAGCACACCCCCUGGGUCGCCUCCCCCUCCGCCCCCUCUUCCAGAACCGCCGGUGCUAAAAGUGUUGUCAUCCCUCAGACCUGCAGCCACCAGCCCAGCCACAGCAGCCACAACAGCAGCAGCCUCCACGGCAGCUUCCUCUGCCGCUUCCUCUGCUUCCAAAACAGCGUCACCACUGGAGCACAUCCUGCAGACUCUCUUUGGAAAGAAGAAAUCAUUCGACCCUUCUGUCCGGGAGCCGCCUGGGUCCACCACAGGUCUCCCCCAGGAGCCCAAAACCACAGCAGAGGACGGGGUGCCGGCGCCUCCACUGUUAGAUCCGAUCGUCCAGCAGUUCGGUCAGUUCUCAAAAGAUAAGGCUCUAGAGGAAGAGGAGGAUGACAGGCCAUACGACCCCGAAGAGGAGUACGACCCCGAGAGGGCCUUCGACACUCAGCUUGUGGAGCGAGGCCGGCGCCACGAGGUGGAAAGAGCUCCUGAAGCAGCUGCAGCCGAGCGGGAAGAGGUGGCCUACGACCCCGAGGAUGAGACCAUCUUAGAAGAAGCGAAAGUGACUGUUGAUGACUUGCCCAACAGGAUGUGUGCCGACGUGAGAAGGAGCUCCGUGGACAGGCCUGCUGAGCCGGUGGCUGGGGCCACCACGCCUUCCUUGGUGGAACAACAGAAGAUGCUAGAAGAGCUGAACAAACAGAUCGAGGAGCAGAAGAGACAGCUGGAGGAGCAGGAAGAAGCUCUCAGGCAGCAGAGGGCUGCUGUCGGGGUCUCCAUGGCCCACUUCUCGGUGUCGGACGCCUUGAUGUCUCCACCACCAAAGUCGUCCUUGCCCAAGGCGGAGCUGUUCCAGCAAGAGCAGCAACCCGCAGACAAGCCCGCCUCACUGCCCCCCGCCAGCCAGGCAUCAAACCACAGAGACCCACGGCAGGCGAGGCGCCUGGCCGCCGAGACCAGUGAGGGGGAGGGGGAGCCUCUCUCCAGGCUUUCGACACGUGGUGCCCAAGGUCCCCUGCCUGAGAGAGAUGCUUGCAGGGGCGGCCUUGUGGGCCAGGCACCUGUGCCAGUCCUGGAGGAAAAGGAGCUAGCCUCUUCCCCCUGGGCUUCAGGCGAAAAGCCCCCAGCGGGGUCCGAGCAGGACGGCUGGAAGGCAGAGCCUGGGGAGGGCACCCGCCCUGCCACGGCUGGAGACAGCUCAGCCAGGCCUGCCCGGAGGGUGCUGCUGCCCACACCACCCUGCGGUGCCCUGCAGCCCAGCUUCGCGCUGCAGCACGACGGUGAGAGGGACCCUUUCACCAGCCCAGGGUUCGCGUCGCAGGACAAGGCUCUUGGCUCAGCUCAGUAUGAGGACCCAAGAAAUCUUCAUUCUGCUGGAAGGAGCAGCAGCCCUGCAGUUGAAACGGGGGGGGACAGAGAGCCACAGGCCAGACUCGGCGAGGGCACCACCCCGCUCCCUACACCAGGACAGAAAGUGGGGGGCGCUCAGCCCCAGUUUCAAGGUCAGCGUGAACCUGGACCUCAUGCUUUGGGGAUGUCAGGGCUUCAUGGCCCCAAUUUCCCGGGACCAAGGGGGCCAGCCCCUCCGUUUCCAGAAGAGAGUAUCGCCUCUAACGAUGGGCCACGAGGGCCUCCACCAGCCAGAUUUGGAGCCCAGAAGGGGCCCAUCCCUUCCUUAUUCUCGGGGCAACAUGGGCCACCACCUUAUGGGGACAGCAGAGGCCCCUCCCCCUCUUACCUUGGUGGACCUCGAGGAGUGGCACCAUCCCAAUUUGAAGAACGCAAGGAUCCCCAUGGGGAGAAGAGGGAGUUCCAGGACGCCGCGUAUAACGAGGUCUCGGGCGCCCCCACGCAGUUCGAAGGGACAGAGCCAGCGCCGUUUCUGGGAGGCAGAGGCGGCGCGCCUUUCCAGGUCGGAGGCCAGAGAAGGCCGCUGCUGUCCCAGCUGAAAGGCCCCCGAGGCGGCCCCCCUCCCUCUCAGUUUGGAGGUCAGAGAGGACCACCCCCUGGCCAUUUCGUGGGCCCAAGAGGGCCCCAUCCUAGUCAGUUUGAAGCUACCCGGGGCCCUCAUCCCAGCCAGUUCGAAGGGCCCAGAGGCCAGGUCCCUAACUUUAUGCCAGGUCCCCGGGGCAUUCAGCCUCAGCAGUUCGAAGACCAGAGGGUCCAUUCCCCACCCAGAUUCACAAACCAAAGGGCGCCAGCACCCCUGCAGUUUGGUGGGCUGCGGGGCUCCGCGCCCUUCUCUGAAAAAAGCGAGCAGACCCCGUCGCGAUUUCACUUCCCGGGCCAGGCCCCGCAGGUGAUGAAGCCGGGCCCCAGGCCCCUGCUGGAGCUCCCCAGCCACCCCCCGCAGCAUCGGAAGGACGGCUGGGAGGAGGCCGGGCCGCCCUCCGCGCUCUCCAGUGCGCCCGGGCAGGGCCCCGAGGCCGACGGACCGUGGGCAUCGCCCGACUUCCGAGAGGGCAAAGGCCACGAGUACAGAAACCAGACUUUCGAAGGGAGGCAGCGAGAGCGCUUUGACGCGGGCCCCAAAGAGAAGGCGCUGGAGGAGCCCGACGCCCAGGGCCGGGCGUCCGAGGACAGGCGGAGAGAGCGCGAGCGCGGCCGAAACUGGAGCCGAGAGCGGGACUGGGACCGGGCCCGGGACUGGGACCGACACCGGGACAAGGACUCCAGCCGGGACUGGGACAGAAACCGGGAGAGGAGCGGCAACCGGGACCGAGAGCGCGAGGCCGACCGGGGCAAGGAGUGGGACCGCGGCCGGGAGCGGAGCCGGAACCGAGAGCGCGAGCGAGACCGGAGGCGCGACCGGGACCGGUCCCGGAGCAGAGAGCGGGACCGAGACAAGGCCAGGGACAGGGAGCGGGGCCGCGACCGCAAGGACCGGAGCAAGAGCAAAGAGAGCGCUCGGGACCCGAAGCCCGAGGCCUCGAGGGCCUCCGACGCCGGCACCGCCUCGCAGGCCUAGACGCCCGGGCCGGGCAGAGACCCUUUUUAAAGCCACGUUCGUAAAAUGCGUUGAACAAAUAGCUUUUGAAAUAGCCACGAUCUUAGAUUCAGGAUAGAAUAUUCUGGACUUGAAAAUUACUGUAAUUUUGUGUAAAUGGUUUCUUACUAGAUUUCACACCUUUACAAUUGUGAUGCUUUUUAAAAAAAACUAAACUUUAAUAUUUCCAUUUAAAGUUAAAGAAAUGGGAAAUUGCCUACAGAGCAUAUUGCUUUUUCAGAUCAUAAAGUUAUCUUUUCCAAUAACUUGACUAUUGUACAUUUUAAGGGAAUUUCGUUGGACCCUAGAGCCAUACCUUCACUGACAUCUCAUCUGUUUGUGUUUCCAAAAGCUGCUUUUACAGGUCUUAGCCGCUGUCCCGGAGGCCGUGUGGGCGUGACCUGCAGGCGUCCACCCUGCGGCUGCGGGAGAAGUGUUAGUAGCUUGUAUCUGCAGUCUUGAGAAACACAAAACUUAGAAAUGCAUCUUUCUUUUGUCAUAAAAUUUGAAUUGCAAUUUUCAACUGGGAAACAAAAACACAUUUCUUAGCGAGCUCAGCUUUUAUAUGUCACCUUAUCAGUUUUUUCAAAACCAUGAUUUAAAGCAACAUCUGUCCUAGUAUAAUUGUUGCAUUUUAAAUAACAAUUUAUUGAAAAAUGUUAAGUUUGACCAGCCUAAAAAAAAGUAACAAACCAAUUAAGUGUACUCUGGGGGCGGGGAGGAGUCCUUGAUCUGAAUAAUCCGAACGUUUUGUUCAUCCAGUUUCACCUUCUGAGCAGUUCUGUGUCCCGAGAAAAGUGCAGUCAGCCUCAAACUGGUAUUUGUCAGAUGAUAUAUUUAAAAGUUUGUCCUUGAAAGUGGAACAAUACUCGUAUAAAGUCUGAGAUGAGAAAUAGUGAUUAUUAGCUCAAGAACUGCAAAUGAGAUAGGAAGCUGUUCACUGUGAAACAGUCUCUUGCUUGUGUAUUUUUUGAGUACUUCUGAAGUGUGAAGUAAAAAACAUCUGGCUAAUUUAUUUGUACAAAUACACUUUGAUAAUUUUUUAUAUUUUCAUAAAGUUACUUUUACAGAUAUAAAAUUAAAGAACUUCACUUGUCCUUUGGAGUCUGUUAUUCCAUUGUACGUCACUACAGAUUUUUCACUUUAUAGCACAGAUUUCUUAAGAAAACAUUGAGAACGUAUCAGUUUGAGAUGUUUGGUGUUGAAAGCCAAGUGUCCAUAGGUUAAAUUACAUUAAAGUAGGUGUCACUUUCCAACAUCUAGUACGAUGUGAAGGUUUUUUGUUUGUUUGUUUGUUUAACAUAUAAAGCAAAUUUUUCUAAUUUAAAUACACAAAUGUAAAAAUCAAGUGUGUUUCUUUAGUUUACUUGAUAGAGAUUCCUGUAAAUUGUAUUUUAUAUUGCGGAGGCUUAUAUCACUGUACAUGAGAACAUGGAACGGCAUAGGGUUUGUUACUCGCAGUAGAAUAAACAGCCACAGGAAGUUUC